AUGUAUUUGAUUAGUUUUUGAACCCUGACAGGAACUAUUCAUUAUUCAGUGAAGGUUGCCUUACUAGUAACAUCAUUAAUUAACCCGCAUGUCAUUUUCAAUUCGUCUAUUUAUGUGGUAUAAACAAAAUGGAUUAAAAGUGUAUAAAAAUUAGUUUUUACUAUUUUAUGAAACUCUAAAGUGCUCGCCGUCAUGUGGAAGUGCCAUAAAUGUGGAAAACCUGUAUAUUUCGCUGAACGCAAACAAUCUUUGGGAUAUGAUUGGCAUCCAGAAUGUUUACGUUGUGAAGAAUGUGGGAAACGUUUAAACCCAGGCCAACAUGCAGAGCACAAGGGUGUACCAUAUUGCCAUGUACCUUGUUAUGGUGCACUAUUUGGACCACAAUUAUUUGGUCAUGGAACACGAGUUGAAUCACAUACCAGUUUUGGAAAAAAAGAAGUUAGACCAUCUUUACCUAGAUCACAUUUAGAAUCAAAGUUGAAAGUUUUCAAUCAGUAUUAUGAAGGCAAAAGUGGAGGAAUAAGAAGUCGUGAGGUCAAUGGAAGAUUAAUAUUAGAAGGUGCACUUCGUAUUUAUUGGGGUGUUAGAGGAGUAAUCCAUUUAAAAGAAGAUGAUGAUCAACGUACAGUAGUUACAGCUCGGAAUAGAAACUCAUGCAGACGCAGUGUUUCUGAUAGUAUAGAAGAUGAGGAAAAGGAAGAUAAUUCAGUAAAAGAAACAUCCGAGCAGGAUGCAGAAACUGAAGCAAAAUCUGCACCAACUUCUCCUGAUCAUCUUAAAAGUCUUACUUUACCAAUGAAAUUAGAUGUUAAAAAUAUGGAAUGGGAUGAGUUAGAUGAGCUCCUUCAGGUAGAGCGUAAAGUUGAAGAUGGGAAUAAGUUAUACCAAACAAUGCCCGAGAAUUUACCGUCGAUAAGUUCACAGAGCAGUUCAGAUGCGUUACCGCUUUCUUCUCAAUCGAGCCUCGAUAAAUCCGAUUCCCGCGAGAAUUCAGAAACCAGUAGUCCGAAUCAUCAAACUAGCCGUGGUAACGAUAGCAGUAUAACUAGUACACCAACGCACAGUAUAGGCAGCUCUUCCAGUACCGAUACCCCCGUAUAUCAUGGAACUCCAAAUCGAAAUGGAACGCUACGAAGAGUAGAGUACUUCGACAACUUGGAAAAAAAUAUAUCUGGUAAUAGGUCCAUCAGUACUGAUGAUAGUUGGAUAGAAAAGGGAUUAAACCGUUCGAUGUCAGGACCUGAUUGCCUUCAGAGACAUCGAACAGAUAGUGACACGGAUUCCGUAAAUUCUCUUCAAUUUAGAGAAGAUGAUAAUAUGACUAUGUCUACCGAUAGCGGAUUGGAGCUCGACGGUGUGGUCUUACGACGAAAGCAAGGAUCUACUGCUAUCAGACGUCGACCUGGAGGUCGACGGCAAUCUCGUAGCCGUUUGCGACGUCGUUGUUCAAUUAACGGUCAUUUUUAUAAUCGUGAAACCAGUUUUUUUACUCCGCCGCAUGGAUCACAAAUGUCCGUGUGGAUUACAAGCCUAGUGAAUACUCAAGAAGUUAUUAAUCUCAUGUUAGAUAAAUAUAAAGUUGAUGCUAAAUCGGAUAAUUUCGCAUUGUUCGUGGUUCGUGAUAAUGGGGAACAACGAAGACUGAGAGACGACGAGUAUCCCUUAGAAGUUCGAGUAGUACUGGGUCCACAUGAAAAUGUUGCGCGAUUAUUUCUGUUUGAUAAGCUGUCCACACCGGAGAUCAGCUCUGACGUUGCACAAUUUCUUAACCUCUCAUUGGCAGAGUGUCAUGGUAUUUUGCAACGUUAUCAUUAUGAAGAGGAACGCCAGAUUCUUGUAUUGAAAGAAAAAUACAAAGAGAUGCGACGAAGAAUAAGGCAAAGAAUGGAGGAGUUGAAGGUCCGACUAUAGUUAGUAUAUAUCUUUUCAACUAAUAUUUGAAUACUCAUAUCAUUACUUUUUUUUAUUAAUCCACAAUUACAGAUCGUUCGUUCUCUUUUUUUAUACGUACACGUAAAUUAUUCGCCGUGAAAUAUUUUUUUGUAAUCAUUUUAAAGGUAUGUAUUACAGUAACAAUGCAUAACCUUUAACCCCUAAUUCAUUUGAGAGAUCAAAUGGAAAAUGUUGAUUUACGUUUGAGUGUAUCGAGCGGUAACGUACUAACACCUUUAGUUUAAAGUCUUGUUGCUACAUUAUCCAGCUCUAUUCACUUGUUUGCGUCUUUAUUGCAUUUCUCUGUACUCAAUAUGCGCAUUAUAUUAUUGAACAAAUCAGUGCAAUUUAAUUAGAAAAUUAUAUAUGUAAAGGACAUAUGUUUUAUGUCGACUGUGCAUUGAAUGGUAGUCACAUAUAAUCAUGUGACCCGUUCUUUAAUGCGAUUUCCUCUAAAUUGCUGAUUGUUAUAGACACAGAAUAGGACAUAAUUUGUGAUAGAUGAAAGAAAAAACGAAUGUAAUUCUUCGUGCAAAAAUGAAUUAACAAUGACGAAAAUAUUAUACUACAUCUUCGAUUUACGAUUUUCUUGAGGAAUUAUCUACACUCCGUUUGAAUCGCAAAUUACGUCCUUAUUUUGUAUAAUUGCUUUGUUUUGAUUGUUUAUAUUAUAAUCAGUGAUAUCGAAUGAAAUCAUUGUCACAGCUGAUAAAGGGCUGAUAAAGUAUCCGUGUAAUAGAUAGACACCGAUAUUAAGUCAAUUUAUAAUGACUUCCGAUUAAAACGAAGAGGAUUUUUUAUAUGAACACUUGUCGCUGUUUAGAGUGUACAAUACAAUUACAACGCAAGGCUGUCCAACUUUUUACCUCGUGAGAACCGUAUUCUACGAAAUUAUGUUUUCACGUAGGUGCCAAAGUAAAAGGGAAAGAAUAAGAAACUAUUAUAUAUUGAACGGUGAAUGAAAAAAUAGAAGUUUUACGAUAAAAAUUGUUGAAUUUGAAAUGGAAAUAUUAAAGAAGUCGUAAAGUUUUAAAAUAUAUAUGUAUAUGUAUAUAUCGUCGCAUAGACAGGUUGAGCUAUGUAACUCUGAAAUUUCAGGUAUUUUUCUCCUUUUGUGAUGUAAAAAAAAAUGAAAUGAGAAUCGAAUGUGCAGGUCAUUUAAAACUAAUUGAUUAUUAGUGACUGUAUUAAUGUCUACAAUUUUCUGAUACUUUGUUCUCUGAAUUUUCGUGUCACAAAUAAAAAUGGCAGUAUCUGUAAUCUCAAUGUUACGCGACUCAUCCUGUGUGUAUAUAUAUUGUCUAGAUGAAAAUGACUAUAAAACAUUGUACCUUGGAAUACACAUCAGUUGGACAGCUCCGAUCGAAUCCAUAAACAACAAUGAUUGUUAUUAGCUAAUAGCAAUUUUCAAUACGUGUCACUGCCGCGGUUGCUAACCAAUUAACGACAUUUUCAUCGCAGCAUAGUGUUCACGGUACCGAGAAUGGAAUUGCUUUAAACCUAAAAUGGCUUCCGAAAUCUCUUUGGAAAGAUGUUUGAAUCCGCAUGAUCUAACCGUGGAUAAUUCACGAACAUUCUUUCCGUACAAUGGAAGACAAUAACCACUGAGAUUAUUUAAAAUUCCAACACCGAAUAGCAUCGUUAGUGCAAUCUGUUUCACUUUCGCGAUCUGUAUCUCCAAUUUUCUACUUUAACACGUGAAACGUUCAUGUUUGAUGGAAAAGAAGACGUUCUGGAAUAAUCUAAUUAUACUGUUUAGCAUAAAUGUAUCAAUUUUAGAGACAUCGCGCAAGAAUCUUCUAUAAUCGUCUUUACGCAAUUUAAUCGUUAGAUACGCGGCAUUUCGUUGGCAUCUUCAGCAUUUAGAUUCUACAAAGAGAAAUCUCCCAUUGAAAUUUCUGAUGCAUUUCUAGAGACCACUUUCGAAGUGUCUCGAGACGAGUAGCUCGUUCAAAAUUCUCAAUUGACAUCUAACAUUACGAAAGUAUCGUUUCCCUGUCUCUGAAUCUUAAAAAUUAGAUCUAUUAUUUUAAACGUUGUUUCGAUAAAUCACUACCAUUGGUGUCAGUUUUUGAAAGAGAACCAAGUUCUAUCAUCGAAUAAAUUAGUUCGUGCAAUAUUUGCCCCAAAACCAGAGAUCUCUUAUCAGCACCCCUGUUAUGUAUGUAAAAGAUUUCUAACUUCCUUGUGUAAACGUGGUCCAGGUUACUGGAGGUACUUACGCACAAGUACGACUGUACAGCGAUAACAAUGAGUAGUGCACAGUGAACCGAAUUCUCCCCGUGUAAAAGAUGUACAGCGACCGACACGCAACGGUGCAGAUCGAUUGCCGUUGUUUACGACAAUAGACACUGAUCGUAUAAUCAUAAUUUUAAGCUAGUCACAGUUCUUGAAUAGUCACACAAAGUACGAGACGUCGCGAUCGUGCUUGCGAUUCAAGCGUGCUACACGCAUUACACGCUUCGAAUUUUAUCCAGAGACUCCUUUUAUCAUUUAUUGUUUUACUAUGUUGUUUAAUCAUAUAUAUAAAUAUACAUAUAUUAAUUCAUAUUUUGUAAUCUAUAACACUAAUAUAAUACUAUAUAUGACUAUUUGUUCUCCAGUUGUAAUCUGGGAACAAAUUUUAUAUUGACUCGUUAAUUACCAUUUUUUUUAUUCUUUUAUCGAUAACCCAAAGUCCGAUGGACACUACUCUAGUGAACUCUCGGGCUGCUAUUUUACUCGUAUAUAUCAUAUUCUGGGAUAUAAUCGACUACUCGUUUGAAAGGAUGAAUGUGUUCACCGAAUAAAAUGCAAAGAAAAUUUCGAUUAAUUUCUAUCGAGUUAUAAUUUACAUUUAAAAUAGGUUUUACGAAUAAUUGACCGGACGCUCGAAUCGCAAUACGACCGCCUCGCAAAAUAGAGUCUGCAUGCGUAUUGAAUCCUCGACAUAUCUCGGAACGAAUUCGAAGGUGAAACUCGAUGGAAAGUGGGACGGGAUUAGAAACGACAUAAUCGUGGACUGGGCCACGUGAAGCUAAACUGUACACGUUUCUUUUUUAACAAAACACCACGCGCUUCGUUUGCCAUGUUACGAUAACAAACGUCCGAGUUACGGCGACCGCGUGUUCGACGAAAGAUCUCGCACGAUCGGACGAUCUCUCGUCGAAUUAUAAAGUUCUCUUUAGUUGUUAAGGUAGCUUCUGCUAGCUUUUAGGCGAAAUGGUAAUCGAUAUUUCGUAAGAAUGUAUGAUGAUCGAUAUUACAAUUGUCUCUUUGUUUUCCUAUGAUUAGUUAGGCCGUCUAUAACGGUUGCCAAAUAUUUUUCGCACCGAGUCUAUGCGUGUGAAUAUCAAGUUCAACUGGACAGUGAGCUGGCAAAGUAGAUCGUACAGAUUAUUUUUAAUCGAGGUGUCAGUUUUCCAUGACCAAUUGUUAAAAUGUAAAGUGCAUGUAAAGGAUAUACGAAGACGACAGCGUUAAGAAAAUGUAUGUUCGUACCGUCUAGGGAAAUCAGAUUUCAUUAGUAGCUAGGAAAAAGGGAUUGAUCGGUGAAAAUAUUUGGCGUCCAUCGUAGCGAAUCUUACCUGGAGUUCUGCGGUUGGAUACGUGAAAUGCAUUUCACAAGGUAGAUGGGAAAGGAAGGAUAAUAUACAGAGACAGAGAUUAUCUAUAGUAUAAAAAAGUAAAGAAUGGAAGCAUUUAAUCAGAGAUUAAUAGAUUUUAAAUAUAUUCCGUACCAUGGCAUAUGACAACUAAUGAUAUAUUGACAAGAAUACCGAUGCUUGACGUGUCGAAUUGUAACAGAGGUACACUGGAAAGUGUGCAGUCCAAAACACUGAGUAUACAUAGAUGUGAGAUUGUAAAAUAUUACGAAUGCAUCAGAAAUCUGUAUGAGAUCGUUGAGAUAGUAAUAAAGUGAUUGCUUCUUUUUUUUAGGAGCUCUUUUAUGCAGUUUCCCGACAUCGAAAUGAAAACGUUUCCCUUUAUCUGAAAUCCUUACGAAACGAUAGUGUCAUUUAACGGUGUUUAGUUGUAAGUUAUCGAUAAGUUGUUUCUUUCUGAAAGCAUUUACGAAUAGGCGAUAAUUUCGACGAA